GUACAGUGAAAUACAGUCAUGGUGUCCUGCAAAGUUUACAUCCUGGUUUCUAUUUGGAUCCUCUUUUUCACAAGAGCCUUCAGAGGAGAUGAGCUUCCCAGGGAGGCGGUGUUGUCCUGGUUUAAAGUGCGGGUUCUGGAGGGUCUGGAUUUAGAGGAGCCUCCUCAGACUUCCACGGAAGAUCCAGAUGGAGGUGCAUCAGAGAAAGAGGGAAGGCGUGCACCGCCGGGGCCCCCCAGGAUUCGGAGGACAUGUGCAACGAGGGUCAACCAGCAACCCAACCAGGAAACAACAGAAGUUAUUGUCUUCCCCAGUUCAGGUAAGACAUCAAAAUAUCUGAAGUCAAAAUAGAGAUAUCGAAAACUAAAUAUCUUUGUUUCUUACAUCAUAUUUUACUUUCAGUCUUCCAAGCCCUGACAUCUUAGCCAGUUGUGUAUCACAUGCUUAUCCCGGUGUUCGUGCAGGGGCACUCCCUGACUUCAGACAGGGGUGGCUAAACCUCGGGUACUUCCUUAAGCAGGGGUGGCCAGAUAUGUCUUUGCACUGGCAGCGCCCACUUCUUGAUCCUGCCCUAAAUCUUGAAAUAGAUUGACGUUUGACAAAAGAAAAAAUAAUGUUUGUCUUAAAAGGGACAAAAAAAGGACAAAAAUAUUGCAGAUAAAUGUGUUUUGAUGCACUUUAAUGCACUUGUUCUUCCCCACUAAAACUCUCUUUUGACAAUAAUGUGUUAUUUUUUUCAACAAUGCACCAAUUUAAAGGUGGGGUAGGCAGGAUUCUGUUAAAGAAGUAUCAUUUUUAGUGGUGUAAAGCGCUUUAACAAAGUAAGCCAAGUGUCUGUAACAGAAGUGUUUCUUGUCAAACGGGACCCGCUGCAUGUUGUAGCGCUGCUAAACUGUUGACCUCGGGUCCUGGACUAUGUCACUAUAUCCUAGUUGUAGAAGUCCUGCAAACAUUGUGUUUGCUGGUAGUCUGUUAGCAUCUACAGUAGCACCAAUGCUUUUUACUUUCACGUUGACUGGGCCCCAUUUGUAAUUAUCUGAAGUAUUUAUCUGCGAGACGGGACUGUAGGGUGGCCAAGAUUUCCAAAGGGUUGUGCCGUCAAAUGCCACCACACUGGCUACGCCCCUGGGUUUACACACACUAUAAACCCAGGGGCCUCUUUGGUCUAAUAAAACACUAAUUACCUCCACUGUCUGUUCUUUAUUCUCUCCUUUACAGACUCCUCCUGUUCCCCGUCUGACUCUGCUCCUGAAGAAACCACAAACAGCCACUUUACCUACUACUUCAAACCGUCUUUGGACCACCACGACAUCCUGCUCACAUCUGCCCACUUCUGGUUCUACGCAGGUCAAAGAGCUUCGUCCAACUCCUCCGCCCAGCUCUUCAUCCUCACUUCAGCUCAGCAGCUCCUUCAGGCGGCAGAAUCAGCAUCCACGAUGAGCUCAGACGGCUGGUUCACCUUUGACCUUGAUAAAAAGCUGCUGGCUUUUGUAGCGGAGGGUCCUUUUCUGCUGCAGGUCCGUUGUCCAGACUGUGAGUGCCAUGCCAACGAAUCGGACAAGACGCCGUUCCUCCAUCUCCACGUUCAGCCUCGUGGUCCGGUUAGAUCUCCCCGCCAGGCCCCUGUGACCAUCCCCUGGUCUCCUUCUGCCAUCAACCUCCUCCAGCGGCCCUCCCAGGAGAGACCCCAGUAUGGCGACUGCCACAGAGCGGAGAUCCAGAUCAGCUUCGAGGAGCUCGGCUGGGACAACUGGAUCGUCCACCCCAAGGUGCUGACGUUCUACUACUGCCACGGGAACUGCUCGGCCUGGGAUCAAACCAGCGUCAUGCUGGGGAUCACGCAGUGCUGCGCUCCGGUGCCGGGGAUGAUGAGGUCACUGAGGAUCACCACGACUUCUGAUGGAGGGUACUCGUUCAAAUACGAGACCCUGCCGAACAUCAUGCCUGAAGAGUGUACGUGUAUCUGACCAGAGGAGAAUUAAAGGGCCACUUCACCAAAAUUGAUCAAAUGUGUUGUAAUUUGGGUGGAAUUGCCCUUUAAAAUCAGGCUUCAAACUGACAUUUCUCCAUUUUAACCCUUUCUACGUUUGUUCCUUUUAAUAAGCAAGCAAAUUACUCAUGUCUGUACUUUUAGAACUCCCAUAGUCUUACCAGUAGAGGGCAGUGUACGCCCACAUUUGUCCUGCUUUAUUUUACAUUAGUUUCAUCAUAUUGACUGAAAUCUGCUGUUCAUUAGGGGAAUAUAAUGAUAUUAAAUCACUGUUUUAAACA